AUGCAGAUUCAACCAGACUUACCUACUCUUAAGGGUCUCUAUGAGCAGAACAAUGCCCUGGAUGAAGGGAUUAACAUGUAUCCGGUGUAUGCGUUUCUGCCUGCACUUGAUCUUACUCCACACGUCGCUUAUUUGAAGCUGGCACAAUUGAACAACAAGGAUAGAACUGAGUCGUUCUUGCUGGAAAGUGCCAAAACCACUGAUGAAUUGGACCGUUACUCUUUCAUUGGUGUGUCACCAAGAAAGAUUAUAAAGACUGGACCUACGGAAGGCAUUGAGACUGAUCCUCUAGAUGUAUUGGAAGAAGAGAUGUCCCAGUUCAAGCUGGCCACAAACGUGCCAGGUUUACCGAAACUAAGUGGUGGUGCCAUCGGUUACAUAUCCUACGACUGUAUAAGGUAUUUUGAGCCAAAAACGAAAAGAGACUUGAAGGAUGUGCUACAAUUGCCAGAGGCCUAUUUGAUGAUGUGUGACACUAUUAUAGCCUUUGAUCACGUAUUCCAAAGAUUCCAAAUCAUGCAUAACAUCAACACUAAAAAGCAAUCUCUAGAGGAAGGUUACAGUCACGCAGUAGAAAUCAUCAAUGACAUUAUAAAGAGAAUGACUGAUGAUUCAAAGCCAAUACCUUACCCUGAACAACCACCAAUCAAAAUGGACAGGUCCUUCCAGUCUAAUAUCGGUCAAGAAGGUUACGAAAACCACGUCGGCAACUUGAUAGAACACAUAAAAAAGGGUGACAUCAUUCAAGCGGUUCCUUCUCAGCGAGUUGCAAGGCCAACAGACCUACAUCCAUUCAACAUUUACAGGCAUCUACGUACAGUUAACCCAUCGCCAUAUCUCUUUUACAUCGACUGUCUGGAUUUCCAAAUUAUCGGUGCUUCCCCAGAACUUCUAUGUAAAUCCGAUAGCAAGAAUAAAGUAAUCACACAUCCAAUUGCUGGUACUAUCAAGAGAGGUGCUACAACUGAGGAAGAUGAUGAAUUAGGUAACCAACUGCGUAACUCUUUGAAAGAUAGAGCCGAACAUGUUAUGCUGGUGGAUCUUGCUCGUAAUGACAUCAACCGUGUUUGUGAUCCAAAGACAACGAACGUCGACAAGUUACUGACAAUUCAAAAAUUUUCACAUGUGCAACAUUUGGUAUCUCAAGUCAGUGGUACUUUAAGACCGGACAAGACUAGAUUCGAUGCUUUCAGAUCUAUUUUCCCAGCCGGUACUGUUAGUGGUGCACCUAAAGUUAAAGCCAUGGAAUUAAUCUCAGAACUAGAAGGUGAAAGACGUGGUGUUUACGCUGGUGCCGUUGGUAACUGGUCUUAUGAUGGUAAAACUAUGGAUACCUGUAUUGCUCUUAGAACAAUGGUUUACAAAAAUGGAACGGCUUACCUGCAAGCAGGUGGUGGUAUUGUGUUUGAUUCCGACAAGUACGAUGAAUAUAUAGAAACCAUGAACAAAAUGAUGGCUAAUCACAAUACCAUUGUUCAAGCUGAGAAGAUUUGGGCUGAAAAGGUUGGAACGACUAACUAA